GUAACGCCCCGGUAUGUUCCGAUUUACAGGCUAGUUCACGGGCUAGCUCAUGGGCUCUUCGCAGUGUACAACUACACUAGUAGGAGGAAAAUGAUGGUGAGGUUCAACUAAACCCUAAAACCUCAAAAGCCCUUUCUUAGCCUUCCCGCCGCCGGCAACCGACCACCGAAGCCGCAAUGGUCUCCGCCGAGUACUCCAUCGACCUCAAGCUCUCCGAGCUCCUCAAGCAAGCGCGGCCGAGCGCUACCUCUCUCCGCGCCGCCGGGGAUGCCACGGACGCCGUCGGGAAGCUCAUCAAGAGCGUGCCGCCGCAGCAGGCUGCGCCGGAGGCUGCCUCGGGGUUCGUGAGGGACCUGGGCCUCGCGGCCGAGAAGCUAGCGUUUUCCUUCCGGCCGCCGGAGGUGGUGCGGCUCGCCGGGAGCCACGCGGCCGGCGCGGUCACCAGACCCGACGUCGCCGCUGACCUUCUCGUCCGCUUGCCUAAGGAAUGCUUUCAUGAAAAGGAUUUCCUGAAUCACCGGUACCAUGCAAAGAGGUGUCUUUACCUCUGCGUCAUCGAGAAGAGCUUGAGGUCUUCUCCUUUAAUCCGCAAGGUUUCAUGGUCUACCUUCCAAGAUGAGGCACGAAAGCCUGUCCUCCAUGUAUAUCCAGCAACAGAAAUUGCAGAACUUCCUGGGUUCUAUGUCAGGAUAAUCCCGACGGCAAGCUCUUUAUUCGAUCUUUCAAAGCUAAAUCUGUCAACAAGAAACAAUAUCCGUGCAUAUACAAAAGAUGGCAUAAACCAACCGACACCUAGGUAUAAUAACAGCAUAUUGGAGGAUAUGUUUCUGGAGGAAAAUGCAGAAUAUACCGGCAGCACCUUUGCAAAUUGGAAAACCUUGCAAGAGGCAUUGGUUUUACUAAAAGUUUGGGCACGUCAAAGAACUUCAAUAUAUUCACAUGAUUGCCUCAAUGGAUACUUAAUAUCUGCCAUCCUUGUGUUUCUUACCAUGGACUCUGGAGGAAGUAUAAUUAAUAGAUCAAUGACCACAAGACAAAUUUUCCGCGUUGCAAUCAAUUUUUUUGCAACUUCGAAGAUGUGGUUGAAGGGCUUGGUGAUUCAGCCAAUGAAGAAGCGUACUAUCAGCAAAGAGGGCAUUGCUCAUCUGCUGAAAACAUUUGAUGUUGCCAUAUCUGAUGUAUCUGGCCAUGUCAAUCUGGCAUUUCGGAUGACGAAGUCGGCCUUUUCAGAGCUCCAAGAUGAGGCAGCUUGCACACUUAAUUGCCUUGAUAAAUGCAGAGAUGGUGGAUUUGAAGAACUUUUUAUGACCAAAGUUGAUUUUGGUGCUAAGUUUGAUUCAUGUUUGAGGAUUAACUUGAAGGGGAACUCUAAAGUUACUGCAUUAAGCUUCUGCUCGGAUGAUGAAUCAUGGCGAAUACUUGAAAAAGAUGUUCAGUCCUUGCUGCAACAAGGACUUACAGAUAGAACAAAGAUGAUCCGCGUUCUGUGGAGAAGCACACCUUCUGAAUGGAAUAUAAUGGAUGGCUUCUCAGAGUUUGGUAGCAGCCCACUGAUUGUCGGUGUAAUGCUUAGCUUGUUGGAGAAGAGUUAUCGUCUUGUCGAUAUUGGUCCAAACCCUGAAAAUCGUGAUGAGGCUAUUAAAUUUAGGAAAUUCUGGGGAGAGAAAGCUGAACUUAGGAGAUUUAAAGAUGGGGCUAUUGCUGAAAGCACAGUGUGGGAAACGGAGACUUGGGAGAGGCAUACAAUCAUCAAAAGAAUUGCUGAUUAUGUGCUUACCAAGCAUUUGCUGUUGCGGCAGGAAGAUCUGACUCAUGUUGUUGAUCAGCUUGACUUUUGUCUCUUGGUUGGUGGCCAAGAUCCAGUGUCAUCUUCUGGAGCUUUGCUUGAAGCCUUUGAUACUUUAGCUAAGCAGUUGCGUCUAUUGGAUGAUGUUCCUCUUAAAAUAUCUACUGUGCAACCUCUAGACUCAGCCUUUAGGCACACUUCUGUGUUCCCCCCUGAACCUCAUCCGUUGGCAUAUGAAAAGAGUUCUCAGAGGCUGCCCAAUUUUGCAGCAACUUGUGUUCGGUCUUUGGAAGUCAUGAUUCAGCUAGAAGGAUCUGGUAACUGGCCCUUGGAUCCUGUAGCCAUGGAGAAGACAAAGUCUGCAUUUCUUUUAAGAAUUGGUGAAAGUCUGGAGGAUCGAGGAAUGUUUGUUACAGCCAGUGAAGACGAGAUCAAUGUUCUUACAUCUGGAUAUUCGUUUUUGCUCAAAAUAUUUCAUGAGAGAGGUUUGGUGGUACAAAAGCAAGCUGGAGACAGUAACAUACAAAGUGCUCCAUCAAAAGAUAAGGAGCUCUUUUAUCGUAGUCAGCACUCAAGUAUGAUCAACGGUCUGCAUGGUAUUUACCAAGUGUAUGGGCCGGUAGUGAGGCUAGCAAAAAGGUGGAUUUCCGCACAUCUAUUCUCUUCAUUUAUCUCAGAGGAGGCGGUUGAAUUGGUGGUUGCCUACCUAUUUUUGAGGCCGUUUCCAUUCCAUGCCCCCUCUUCACGGGUUACGGGGUUCCUUAGGUUCUUGCGGUUGCUAUCUAGUUUUGACUGGACCUUUUCACCCAUGAUUGUGGACAUAAAUAAUGACUUCAACCUGAAGGAUGAGAAAGAAAUCAACGAAAACUUUAUGCUGAGCAGAAGAUCUUAUGAACAAAAUCCUUAUGAUAUAGAGCCUGCAAUGUUUCUGGCUACGUCAUAUGAUAAAUCAUCUGAAGCGUGGACAAAACAAUCACCAAGCAAGUCGGUUCUUAAACGGAUAGCUUCUUACGCUAAAAGCAGCGCCGAGCUGUUAACAAAUCUUAUCAUCCAUGGUCAAUCAGGCCAAUAUACAUGGGAGUGCCUCUUCCGAACACCUUUAAGCAAUUAUGAUGCUGUUAUACUCCUCCAUAAAGAGAAGCUCUGCCGUCCUCACCAUGUUCUUUUUCCCGCUGAGAUUCCUAACGGUAAGUUGGUAAUCCAGGGCAAACCAAGCAAUGAUUUCCACCCUUAUAUGCCACUCAGUAAAAGUGUUGUGAGAAGCUUGCAUGACACAAGAGAUAAACUUUUGGUGAAUUUUGACCCUACCGCAUACUUCUUGCGAGACUUGAAGUGUGCAUUCCCUGUGACCUUCAAAUUGUGGCACGAUUCGAUUGGAGGGGACGCAAUUGGUCUUACAUGGGAGAGCUCAAAGAAGCGUGGCAGAGAUGAGGAUGAUGAAGCCAUGCCGGAUCCAACGUCUAUACUCAAGGAGGUUGGAGAUGUGGGUAAAGGGUUGGUGAGGAGUGUACAUCUCCUCAAAGCACCAAAGCUUGAGUAAGCUUUUGCGUGAAGGAGUUUGCUGAUGUGCGGGAGAGGACUCCUGGCUGAUUUUCUGCCACUGGCUAGAGAAAGGAAGACCCAGAGCCAGUGGACAACAUGUUCUACAGCAAAGCAAUGUAUAAAGUUGUGACGAUAUCAUGUGGUUGUUGUAACUCCAAUUGGAAGAUCAAGUCAGCAAAAAUCUGUAUCGAAAUUUUGAUUCUGAGUUCCAGAAAAGUAUAGCGAUGAAGUUCUAUUUCCUGGUCAUUUCAGCAAAAAAAAAAAGGAAUCAAAAUCGAGCAGCUACUAAACGCAGGGUUACUGGAAAUUUGCUUUUGUCCAUGUCAAGCAGAAUUCUCAUGUAAAAUUUGUUAUACUUGGGAAUGGCCUAUUUCAUUUGUCUUGUGAAA